CUUGCAUUAACAACUAUUAUCUGUUUUCUCGUGCUUAAUAUUGCUUUGAAGUUUUUCUUUCCACAUUUUAUGGAACUCUUUAAGCUUAUAUAAACCAAGUAUUCAAAGCAUUAAUAAUAGUUCAUUGUAUUUGAAAUUGUACAUAAACAUUCUGGGUGACCAACUAUUUCUUCCUAUAAACAGGGCAUUAAAGAGGAUCUUUGCUAUUUUCUGUUAUCUCCUCUGAUCAUAAUUCUGUCUCAAAAUGGCUACCAAUGGCACUACUUGUCCAAAGCCAAUGGCGGCUACCUCCACCGGUGUUUUCCAAGGAGAGAACCCUCUUGAUUUCGCCCUGCCUCUUGUCAUCGUACAAAUAAUCCUGGUUAUUGUUCUUACUCGUACCUUGGCCUUCUUGCUUAAACCUUUGAGGCAGCCUCGUGUGAUCGCAGAGAUUAUUGGAGGGGUGCUACUAGGCCCAUCUGCCUUUGGUCGUAGCAAGUCGUUCCUUCAGACAAUAUUCCCACCCAAGAGCCUUCCGGUAUUGGACACACUAGCCAACCUUGGCCUCAUAUUCUUCCUGUUCUUAGUAGGUCUAGAAUUGGAUCCAAAAGCAUUACGUCGGACAGGGAAGAAAGCAAUGAGUAUUGCUCUUGCAGGAAUUUGUUUGCCAUUUGCUAUGGGAAUCGGUUCAUCUUUUGUUCUUCAGGCAACCAUUUCAAAAGGUGUUAGCCAAGCUCCCUUCAUUGUGUUCAUGGGGGUUGCCCUCUCUAUCACCGCUUUUCCUGUCCUAGCUCGUAUCUUAGCAGAGCUCAAGCUUCUUACAACUGAUGUGGGUCGUAUGGCCAUGUCAGCUGCUGCAGUUAAUGAUGUGGCGGCCUGGAUUCUCCUCGCUCUAGCUAUAGCGCUCUCCGGGACUGACACAUCACCUUUGAUUUCCUUGUGGGUGUUCCUGUGUGGUGCAGCUUUCGUUGGUUUGUGUAUUCUGGUUGUCCCUCGUGUCUUUAAGUGGAUGACUCGACAUUGUUCUGACGGUGAGCCAGUGGAGGAAAUUUACAUUUGUGCUACUUUAGCUGCAGUUUUGGCAGCCGGGUUUGUGACCGAUACUAUUGGAAUCCAUGCCCUUUUUGGAGCAUUUGUUCUUGGAAUUUUAGCCCCAAAGGAUGGGCCAUUUGCCGGUGCCUUGGUAGAAAAGGUCGAGGAUCUGGUGUCCGGCCUCCUUCUUCCUUUGUACUUCGCUUCUAGUGGCCUUAAAACAAACGUUGCCACCAUUCAAGGGGCUCAGUCAUGGGGGCUUCUACUUCUUGUUAUACUAACUGCCUGUUUUGGCAAGGUUGUCGGAACUGUUGUAGUUUCUCGCUUCUGUAAAGUGCCUCUUGAUGAGUCGAUUGCUCUUGGGGUUCUAAUGAACAGCAAAGGUUUAGUUGAGCUAAUUGUCCUGAAUAUUGGUAAAGAUCGAAAGGUGCUAAAUGAUCAAACUUUUGCAAUUAUGGUUCUAAUGGCCUUAGUCACCACAUUUAUGACAACGCCAAUUGUUAUGGCGGUGUAUAAGCCAGCAAAGAAAGGGCGCACAUAUAAGAUAAGGACAGUGCAAAGAAAAGAUCCAAGCUCUCAACUUCGAAUCAUGGCUUGCUUCCAUAGUGGAAGGAACAUCCCCACAAUGAUCAACCUAAUUGAGGCUACUCGGGGAAUAAAGAAGCGAGAAGGGCUGGCAGUUUACGCAAUGCAUCUCAUGGAACUCUCUGAAAGGUCUUCUGCAAUUCGAAUGGUCCAUAAAGCUCGAAACAAUGGACUUCCUUUUUGGAAUAAGACGAUGCAAUCAGAUUCAGACCAAGUUGUGGUGGCCUUUGAGGCGUAUGGGCAGCUCAGUCAUGUCCAAAUCAGACCCAUGACUGCAAUAUCUCAUUUUUCUAACAUGCAUGAGGAUAUAUGUGCUAGUGCUGAGAGCAAAAGGGCUGCUCUUAUUAUUCUCCCCUUCCACAAACACCAGAAGAUCGACGGGUCAUUAGAAACUACAAGGCACGAAUACAGAGUCAUCAACAAGAAAGUUCUACAAAAUGCUUCUUGCUCGGUUGGUAUUCUAGUAGACCGAGGGCUUGGUGGAUCCUCACAAGUGUCAGCUAGCAAUGUCGACUCUACCAUCACCGUGUUUUUCUUUGGUGGGCCUGAUGAUCGUGAGGCAUUGGCUCUUGGUCAACGGAUGUCUGAACAUCCGGGGAUCACCCUAAUUGUGGUUCAUUUUAAAGCUGAUCCAAACAUGGAAGGAAGGGAACUUGUGGCUAUUGAUAUGAAUAGCCCUAGCCCCGGAGACUCAAAAACAACAGACAAGGAGAUCAUUGAUGCUAUUACCCAAAAGGUGACAAAGGACGGGUCAAUUAAGUACGAGGAAAGAGUAGUGAAAACAAGUUCCGAAACUAUUCAAAUAGUUAAGGAAUUUAGCCGUUGUAAUAUGGUUUUGGUUGGACGAUCACCUGAAGGUAUGGUAGCUGCUAAUUUCGGUCUUAAUGUAGUGACCGAGUUUCCUGAAUUAGGACCAGUUGGCGGGUUUUUAAUCUCUCAAGAGGUCUCAACAAAUGCUUCGGUCUUAGUUCUUCAUCAAUACGGUGGUGGUUUAAGGCCAGUGUCACUAGAAGAGGAAGAGGCAUCAACUGACGGGACUGAAACUGAUUGAUAGAGUUUAGUCGAAUAACUUUUUACUUAAGAACACAUUCGUUUGCUUGGUGUCUUUUCUUUAAUACAGAAAAGUAGAAAAAAAAUAUGUAGAUAAAAUUAGCCAUUCUGCUAAGUUAUCAAGAUUGGCUUAUAUGAAAAUCUCCUAAACUUUAAGGCAUUUCUGUAUAAGAAUGGGUAAGUCACUAAGCUGAAGUUAAGCUUGGGCUUUUCACAAGAUUUAGUUGUGGCAACAUAUGUUUUGCUCGGAAUAGUAAAUAAUGUUCUUCAAUGCCUCAUAUUACAUUUUCCUCAUUCUUGAAUCAAAUUAGUAUUAA